UUCUAGCCUACAGCUUUAAUUUAAUGUUGUUUUUACUCAUCACACAAAAGUAACAAAACUGACCUGGGCUAUUGUACCUCUUAGAUCACAACAAUGAUUUAAACACAUGAGGUUGUUAAUCGUCAAGCAGCGUCACUUGCUGUGACGCUCUUUCCCCUCUUUGCUGUUACCUGGUGGGCGAGAGUCCGUGACGUCACGUCCCACAGCUCGCCCGAGCUCUAUCUACCGCCACAUCACCCGUCAGUUCACGCGCUCUGAAAGCAAAGGAAGAGAAACACACGCGAUAUAUAGAAAGGCGCGUACCAGCGAUAACACUGCAUUGGUCACAACUGAUUUCCGCUUUGAAUUGUGCGCAGCCCGUUUAACCAAAAGACAUUAAGGAAACGUCUAAAUCGGACGACACAAGCCCGACAUCAUUAUAUGAUAUAACCGGAACGCCGAAGAUGCUACAAUCCCUCACCGGUAAUUCGUGCGUGCGCUUGAUCCAAGGCAACAAAUCUGCCUGGUAUUUUUUCUUUCUGGUGCUCGGUUAUAUUCUCUAUCUGAUAUUCGGAGCGGUCGUGUUCUCUUCCGUGGAGCUGCCCUAUGAAGAUCGCAUGCGCCAGCGGCUACUAGGAAUCAAACGACAGUUCCUCCAGGAGCAUCAGUGCCUGUCCGAGGAGAGGCUGGAGGAGUUUCUGUCCAAAGCGUUCGACGCGAGCAACUAUGGGGUGUCCAUCCUCAAUAACGCAUCUGCUAGCUGGAACUGGGACUUUACGUCCUCCCUGUUUUUUGCAAGCACUGUCUUAUCAACCACAGGAUAUGGUCACACGGCCCCUCUGUCUGAUGGCGGAAAGGCUUUCUGUAUCAUUUACUCUGUGAUUGGCAUUCCCUUUACCCUGCUCUUCCUCACGGCUGUGGUGCAAAGGAUUAUGGUCUUCAGCACAUGGCGACCCAUUAUGUACAUACACACACGUUGGGGUCUUUCCAAACCGGUGGUGGCGCUCAUUCACGCAACCCUGCUGGCAGUUGUGGCGGUCUCCUGUUUCUUCCUCAUCCCUGCUGCUAUCUUCUCUGUUCUGGAAGAGAACUGGAACUUUCUGGAAUCAUUUUAUUUUUGUUUUAUUUCACUCUCCACCAUCGGCCUGGGUGACUAUGUGCCUGGAGAGGCUUUUAACCAGAAGUUCAGAGAGCUCUACAAACUUGGAAUCACUGUUUAUCUUCUCAUUGGCCUGAUUGCCAUGCUGGUGAUGUUGGAGACCUUCUGUGAGCUGCAGCAGUUAAAGCAACUGAGGAAGAUGUUUUACCUGAAGCAGGAGAAGGCUCAGGACCGCCUGUCCAUCAUGGAGCACGACCACCUGACCUUUACCUCUAUGGCGGAUGGUUCUGUUAAUUCGCCCCAGGAGGAUAAAAACGAGACAUUCGGGGACUUUCCUGUCCUGACCUCUCCCGGUGGUGACGACCCCAUGAUCAGAUAAAUGUUUUGUUGUUUAGAAACCUCAAUCUUUAGCCAAGGGGUCUCCAACAUGGGGCUUGCUGGUGACUGGUACAGAGCUACUGUCGGGAAGUCCUGUAAGAAGCAUUGAUGAUGUCAACCGAUAUGGCAUCAUUUAUUUAAAACCAUAAAUAAUUGAAACAUCUAAAAUUGGUUAGUGUAGUACGCUAAAAUCUAGUACGCUGCUUGCGGUUAAAUUGUCUUGUUUUCUAGGUCGAAGCGUAAAUCUUAACAUUAAAGUCUACGUUUAAAUAAGUCCUUUUGCCUCGUGCCCUAAACCUGACCUGAUCCUCUCCAGAUGUAUAUAUAAAUGUCAUGAGGACUCAGUAUAUGCUGUUGGAGACCCCCUUGCCAUCAGACACUGUAGAUGUUGCACAUUAUCUUAAAGUUGUAUUUCAGACUUGUGUUAUCAGCCUUGUGAAUUUGCUAACAGCUUUGUGAGUGUAAAAAUCUGCUAAAGUGGUUAAAGAAUCUGGCAAUCUUGAAAUCCUUUUGCUCUACUACGUAGAAAUGUUAUUGGAGACUAUAAUGCACUGUACCGCAGUAUAUACUGCCGACAAUUUAGCAGUUGUAGCGUAAGUGUAAAAGCACAAAUCUAACCCUGGACAACAAAACCAGUCAUAAGUAGCACGGGUAUAUUUGCGGCGAUAGGCAACAACAAAUAUGGUCAAACAGUCAAAAUUAUCAAUGUCAAAAAUUAUAAGGAAAUUAAGUAAUAAAGAUCAUGUUCCAUGAAGAUAUUCUGUACAUUUCCUACAGCAGAGGAAUCGCGAACAAAAAAAAGGCGGAAAGACACCUACAAACUUCAUUCACUGCUGCCCACUCUAUGAGAACUACCCAAGUUUGGUAUGUCUGUAAAGCUUAGAAUUUGCGUUUUCGGGUUCAUCUACUGUCCACAACGUCCUUUCAACGAUAAGAGUUAAAACAAAUCAGUAACUAUACUUGCAAAUAAUACAUCAAUGAAUGGAAAGCUUUCAGAUGAUCUUAAAAUCUCAUUUUCAAAACAAUUCACCCUUAUGACUGGUUUUGUGGUCCAGGGUCACAAAUUAGAAAAUAAAAAAUUCAUUCAAUUCAAUUGAUUAAUCAUUAAUGUAAAAUCCCCAAAUUGAGAAUUUUAAAUCCAAAUUAUGGCAAUGACUGCAAAUGUAGAGGAUUUACACUGCCAUUCAAAAGUUUAAAGUCUCUUGACUAAAAUGUUUUUCAUGAUGUUAAAAUCUAUUUAAAGGACAUUUUGUUUGCCUGAAAUUAGUUGUGUGGCAAAAAUAAACACACAACAUUAAUUUCCUUCCUUACAAAACAAAAACUAUUUAGAAUUUGUAACAUCAGUUACAUCUAAGUUCCAUAGCUGGUGCAUUAGUUCUAUAGUUUUGAUAAAUGAUAUCUUAUUCAAAAAUGCGAACUUAUUGUAAUUGAACCAAUGAAUGGUAGUGUAUUCCUACCAAACUAAACGGAGACAGGGCUUUCAGUACGGCACAGACAAUAAAGCUGUGGUGCCCACUUUAGUGUCAAAUGAUUAUUUCUCAAAUGAAUAAAUGUAAUUUGCAGUUUAGCCACCAUCUGAUUUCCGCCAAUGCAUUAUUAAAUAUGUUUAAAUUAAUCGACAAUCGAUACGGUUGACCUAUAUCAAAUAAUCAAUCGUUAAUCAUUUUUAAUAUCCACAACACAAGUAUGAUGAACAGGUUGUUAAUAUAAGGGUCUGAAUGCGCCUAAGACAAUGUUUAGGAAACUUUUAUCUUAAGGGAUUUUUAUUGAGAGAAAUUAUAGACAAAAGAAAAAACACAUUUGAAUGAAUGUGAAAAAGGAGAUAUGCUUUUGACAGUGUGAUUUUCUGAAAGGGAUAUUUUACCUAAGUCUAUAAUGCUUGAGAGAGCAAGUCAGUCUCAGUUUACAUGGAUUUUUAAAUCAAAAGAUUAUGGCAGGUCCUAUGUGAUAUUAAAACACACAUUCAAUUGUCUACAUUGACCUGAGCUACUGAGGUUUAAGCACAGUGCCAUUACCUAGACUUGAGCACUGUGUCGGCAUUAAGGGCAUAGCACUUAAAUGGUUCCAGUCAUAUUUGAGAGACAGAAGUUUCUCUGUUCACCUUGGUGAUUUCUCGUCAUCUUCUGCCCCUCUUUUUUGUGGCGUUCCCCAAGGGUCAAUAUUGGGCCCUAUGCUGUUUUCGUUGUAUAUGCUGCCCUUGGGGUAUAUUUUUAGAAAGCACAAUAUUUCCUUCCAUUGUUACGCGGAUGAUGUUAAAAUUUGUUUGCCUGUCAAAACUAAGAACAAAGCUUCUUUUCAGUCAUUAUUCAAUUGCCUGAGAGAUUUAAAAAUAUGGCUGGAUCAGAACGUUUUGUGUCUUAAUGAAAAGAAGACUGAGAUUGUUGUGUUUGGUCGUCCUGGGGACUUGAGUGCUUGUGUAGGUGCAUUGGGUGAUUUGGGCUUGAAUGCACGUCCUUUUACCAAGAAUCUCGGUGUGAUUUUUGAUAGUGCUCUUAAGUUUGAAAAACAAAUUAGCUCUGUCGUAAAAGCCAGUUUCUUUCAAUUGAGACACUUGGCUAAAGUCAAGCCUUACCUUCCGCGUAAGGAGUUUGAAUGUGUAAUUCAUGCUUUUAUUCCAUCAAGGCUAGACUACUGUAACUCUUUAUAUGUUGGUGUGGACCAGUCAUCUCUUCAACGUUUACAGCUAGUCCAAAAUGCAGCAGCUCGACUUUUGACUGGGAUAAAAAAGUAUGAGCAUAUUACCCCAGUAUUAGCUUCACUACAUUGGCUACCUGUUUGUUUCAGGAUUGAUUUUAAGAUUUUAUUAUGUUUUUAAGAUCUUAAAUGGACAAGCGCCUGUCUAUUUAUCUGAGCUUUUGAAUGUACCUGUAAGAGCACUUUGGUCAUGUAAUCAGAUGCUUCUUGAUGUUCCGAGAACUAGGUUAAGAAAUAAAGGUGACAGUGCUUUUUCAGUGGUGGCACCAAACUUGUGGAAUAGUCUACCUGUACAUUUAAGAACUCCUCAGACUGUUGGAAUUUUUAAGAUAUUUAAGACACACCUGUAUUUGGCUUUUAUGACAGGCUGAGUGGAGACAUUGCGAUGUUAUUAUUUGUAUUAGUAUAUGUGUGUAUAUAUAUAUAUGUGUAUGUGUGUAUAUAUAUAUAUGUGUGUGUAUGUUUUUAUAUUAUAAUUAUUACUAUUACUCAUUGUAUUCACGCUACUUGUGUGUUUGCCUUUGUACAUUGUGAAGCACUUUGGUCAACCAUGGUUGUUUUUAAAUGUGCUAUAUAAAUAAAAUUGAACUUGAACAUACCAAAAGAAACUUGAUGAAAAUCUAGAAUUAAAGAAUAAUGGUAUAUUAGUAUUAUUGGUUGAGUGGGUAAGACUUUUUUGUUUAGUAAAUACAAAAACUUGUUCUAUUUUUGAAACAUGCUUGAAAUGUUGUUUACAAAUCAUGUAUAUUUGUAUGAUAAGAAUAGUUCGAUAAGUAUAAGGGACAUAAUCUCAUAAUCUGCCUUUGUGUCUGUAUAGGGAUUAUUUGGACAAAACGCCAUGUCUUUACACAACAUGCUAAAUCCAAAUUUAAGCAAAGGAAAUGUGAAUCUGCUGAUGACAUAUUUAUUGUGUGAAUAAUGAAAUGGAUUGCGAUGCAUUCUUUGUGCUUGUUUGCCUUUCUGUAAGAUUCUUUUUUUAACAUUGUAUCAGUGCAGCACAGAAUCAUAUAUAUUUGUUAAUAUUUCAUGUAUUGGUAUAUUUAGGUAUACAUAAGGAACAUAAACAAUGUUAUAUGUGCAUGAACGGUUGUGCAUGAACGACUAAAUAAAUGCUUUUUCAUUCGCA